AUGACGGACUCAGAGAAGAAAGAACAAGAGAAAACAGCAGCAGCAGCAGCAGCAGCAGGAGCAGCAGCAUCAACAGAAGAAGCAGCAACAGAAGCAGCAGCAACAGAAGCAGCAGCAACAGACGCAGCAGCAGCAGAAGCAGCAGCAGCAGAAGCAGCAGCAGAAACGACGAUUCCUGUGGGUGCUUCGUUUGCUGACCAGCGGCAUGCAGCACUGCAGCAGCUGCAGCAGCGGCUGCAGCAGCAGCAGCAAAAUGAUAUACUUCACCCCUUGCUGCUGCACGAUGUGCAGCGGCAGCUUAUUGACUACCUGCAGCAGCAGCAGCAGCAGCAGCAGCAGCAAACAGCAGCAGGGAGGCAGCAACGCCCCAACUACUUCAUUCCUUCUGCUGCUGCUAUCGAAGCACGCAGCGCCGCAAUGCUCAGCCAGAUGCAGCAACAGCAGCAGCAGCAGCAGCAACAAGAGCAGCAGCAGGAGCAACAGCAGGUGCAGCAGCAAGAGCAGCAGCAGCAGCAAGAGGAGCAGCAGGAGCAGCAGCAGGGGGAGCAGCACAAGCAGGAGUAG